GCUAUAGCUAUAACCAAAGCUACCAGACAAAACAGCAGUUGCCUGGGAACAAAUUACAAAAAAUGCCACAUUUACCCAACUCUUUGCAGUGACAGUUGGACGUGUGGCAACAUUCUUAGGCUGAGGAAAGAGAUAGUCAAGUAUCUUCUGUUUUUCUCUUCCCUGCUGUUUUGAACUGGGUGUGAGGAGGCAUUAAUGCUGGAAAGGUAAAGCUUGACUUUGUCUACAGUUACCGCUGCCUGGGUAACGUGAUCUCACAGACUGGCUCCACGGUCAACUCUGUCGUCACAGCGCAUUAGUGGAAAAGGUUAACUACAGACUAACAGCAUGGCCAAGGGAACGAAAGCCAAAAGAAAGACUAAAAGUAAGAAGAUCACCUUGAAAAUGGCCCAGAACUGCGUGGAGCUGACAUUGGAUGGUAAACGCCGACUGGAUCUCACUUUCAAGGGGAUUACAGCUGUUCCAAAGUGCAUCCAGAAGCUCUUUCACAUGGAUGAAGUGGACCUGAGCAGGAACAUGAUCAGAAAAAUUCCAGAUUUUAUUGCUCAGUUCAUCAAAAUGACUGUUUUGGAUUUGCACAGCAAUUAUCUGGAGGAGCUCCCCGUGGCUAUCGGCUACCUGCAGAACCUUAAGGUUUUAAACCUGUGCAACAACCGUCUCACAAGCCUCCCAAGUGAGCUCGGCCUCCUGAAUAAACUCCAAACACUGAACCUGGGUCUCAACCAGCUGGAAGCUCUUCCUGCCUCCAUUGGUGCACUGGAGGACCUCCGCCACAUUGGCCUUUUUGACAACAGAUUCACCCGCCUCCCCAGCUGCCUCUUGAAGCUGAAAAAACUGGAGAGUAUCAAGAUGGACAGGAAUCCAAUUAUUGCUGAGAAGAUACCCACUGAGAAACCAGUCAGUAUUUCAGAGAGCUUUUACCUAGUCAAAGAAAGCUUCCUGUGCAAAGAGUGUCUGAAUAGGUGCCAAGCUGAGAGGAAGGCGCUGAGGGAGGAAUAAAUACCAUACUGUGUUCUUAA